AUGUCCAACAGCUGCAAUAUUCUAGCGUUGCAGGAUAUUGCAAUUACUCCGCACACACGGAGGCAAGCCGAAGUCCACGCCACGGCAAAGGGAGUCGCGUCUGACACCUCCCUUGACACGACACGACACAAAGACAUUCGAGGAGUGACGACGACGAGCGAGAAUGAGGUGAGAACAGGGUGUGCUCAGGCGAUCCAUAACCAAGCGAGCAUCACUGUAACAGCAUCUCCGGCAACAUCAGCACCACCGCAGCAGCAGCAUCACCACCACCAGCACCAGCAGCAACAUCACCAACAUCAGCAACUUCACCAGCAGCAGCAGCAGCAACCUCUAAAGUCACCGAAACGGCCACCUCCCAGCAAUCCGGUCCUACCACGAGAGAGAACUGCCGUCAGCAUAACUCUCGAAAAGUGCUCGCUCAGUUACAAUUGUGAAGCGAGGGUUUUAAACAACAGCACAUGA